AUGGCAUCGACACUUCCACCCUUGGGCGGCGGCAACGGAGGGGCUCACACUCAACAUUCGUUACCCUCGCUGCCAGCACAUCUCCAAUCCGAUACGCACAUCACCGGACACUUGGCUAGUCGAUUUCAUGUGUCCCAUCCAACUGCCAAGCUGUCCUCACAUGCUCUGGUGUGUCUAAAUACCUACACAUCCUCCAGCAAAGGGCCAGAUGGCGGUAAACCUGGCAGCGCCAUGGCUGGCGCCGAAGACAUGGCCGAUCGUGCUUGGACAAGACUCGGUCAUCGAUCAGAGAACCAAGCUGUAGUGUUUCUGGGUGAAUCUGGAUCUGGCAAAUCAACCAUUCGGAGCCAUUUGCUCACUGCCUUGUUGGACAAGUCGUCUACUCCUCUAUCGAACAAGUUGUCUCUUGCCGCAUAUGUCUUUGAUUCUCUCACAACUACCAAGACUGCCACUACUCCCACGGCUUCCAAGUCUGGUCUUUUUUAUGAAUUGCAGUACGACACCUCGGCGACAACGAACCCCAUCCUCAUUGGUGGUAAGCUCCUUGAUCACCGGCUGGAACGAAGCCGGAUUGCCGACGUUCCCACCGGAGAGCGAAACUUUCACGUACUCUACUAUCUCUUGGCCGGCACCAGCCAAGCCGAAAAAACCCAUCUUGGUCUUGACGAUGGUGCCAGCGGAUCUAAACGUUGGAAGUACCUUGGUCACCCCACUCAGCUCAAGGUUGGCAUUAACGAUUCUGAGGGCUUUCAGCUUUUUAAAACAGCCCUGAAAAAGCUCGAGUUUCCCAGGAGUGACAUCGCCGAGAUUUGCCAAAUUCUGGCCGCCAUUCUUCAUAUUGGCCAACUUGAGUUUGAGUCCACCAACAAUACCAGCGCCACUGGUGAUGAUAGUGGCGGUUUCUCUCACGAAGGUGGCCAGACCUCGACCACUGUCAAGAAUAAAGAUGUUCUCGGCAUCGUUGCUGCCUUUCUGGGUGUAAGUGCUGGGGACCUUCAAAGCACUCUAGGCUACAAGACCAAGAUGAUUCAAAAAGAGCGUGUCACGGUGAUGCUUGAUCCUACUGGCGCACGAGCGCACGCCAACGAGUUGGCUAGGACAUUGUACUCCCUCCUCGUGGCUUGGAUUUUGGAAACCGUCAACCAGAAAGUUUGUGCCCCAGAGGAAGACAUCGCCAACACCAUUUCCAUUGUCGACUUCCCUGGCUUCGCGCAGCAGUCUGCUACCGGCUCCACGCUCGACCAACUUCUCAAUAAUGCUGCGACUGAAGCUAUUUAUAAUGUCACCUUGCACAACUUCUUCGACCGCAAAGCUGAAAUGUUGGAGUCAGAAGAAGUCAGUGUCGCCCCAACUAGCUACUUUGACAAUUCGGACGCCGUUAAAGGCUUACUAAAGGCUGGAAAUGGCCUUCUGAGUAUCCUCGAUGACCAAACACGACGCAAUAAGACUGAUAUCCAGCUGCUUGAAAGCUUGAGAAAGAGAUUCGAAGGCAAGAACCCAGCUAUUGAGGUCAGCUCUGCCACUGCAAAGUUGCCUGGCAGCAACUUCUACACCGAAAACACAGCUGCUGCCUUCACCAUUAGACACUUUGCAGGCGAGGUUGAGUACCCUGUUAGGGGUCUCAUCGAGGAAAACGGCGAAGUUGUCUCGGUCGACUUGCUCAACAUGUUCAACUCCACCAAGAGUGAGUUUGUUGGUAGACUGUUUGGUCAAGAUGUACUCCAAACUGUCAAUCACCCAGUCGAGAAGUCAACUGUUAUGCAGGCCACCAUCAGCUCCAAACCUAUGCGAGCACCAAGUGUAAUGUCUCGUAAGGGUGGACGAGGCCGUGCGCUUGCGGCCCAGCGGCGUCAACAAGAAAGCAAUCUUUUCGACAGUGGCAACCCGACCAGCGGAUCCCGCAGUCCCAAAGGAGGCAACAAAGCUGGCAUUGAUCAAGGUGCUUCUGGGCAAUUUCUCUCUUCUUUGGACAACGUCCAGAAGGCUGUCAUGGAACCCGGCACAAAUUCUUACUUUGUGUUUUGCUUGAAACCCAAUGAUCGCCGGAUCGCCAACCAGUUCGACAGUAAAUGUGUCCGCACGCAGGUCCAGACCUUUGGCAUCGCCGAAAUCAGCCAAAGAUUGCGGUCUGCUGAUUUCAGCCUGUUCCUCCCCUUUGGUGAAUUUCUUGGAAUGGCCGAUGCCGAGACAAUCUUGGUUGGCAGUGAAAGAGAGCGUGCGGAGAUGGUCAUUGAAGAAAAACGCUGGCCUAGCAACGAAGUCCAGGUUGGGUCUACGGGUGUCUUCCUCAGUGAGCGGUGCUGGAUGGAGGUUGCUCGUCUAAUUGAGGGCUCCGCGGGCCAAGGUCGCUACGCUCUGCCUUCAUCAGAUGGCUAUGGCAACGAUGCACUGACGCCUGGAGAGCGUGAUGUCUUUGGCGCCUCCAAGGAACAGCUCUUGUCCGGAGGUAACACACCACUCAUGUAUGGCGAGAAGGGCAGACCUGGCUACUUUGGCUCUGACGAUGCUCGGUCGGAAGCUGGCGUCUCUGCAAUUGGUGGCGGAGAUAUGUUCAAGAACUUCGACACUCGUGAGCAGAUGGCCGAGCGUGGUAAUGAAAAGACCCUCGAGGAAAUCGAAGAGUACAAAGACUCACCCAGCAGAAAGCGUUGGGUCUUUACAGUCUACUUCCUCACUUGGUUCAUUCCCGACUUUCUCAUCCGAUGGAUCGGCCGCAUGCCCCGAAAAGAUGUUCGUAUGGCCUGGCGAGAGAAGGUGGCCAUCAACAUGCUCAUCUGGUUCAUGUGUCUGGUUGCUGCAUUCUUCAUCGUUGUGUUUCCAAUGCUCAUUUGCCCGAAACAAAAUGUCUUUAGUGCCGAAGAACUGUCGUCGCACGAUGGCAAGGAUGGACACUCGGCUUAUGUGUCUAUCCGAGGCUAUGUUAUCGACCUGGGCAGCUUUGCGGACCGUCACUAUCCCAAAUUUGUGAGCAGGAAGUCAAUGCUAAAUUAUGCUGGCAUGGAUGUUAGUACUCUCUUCCCGGUGCAGGUCUCUGCUUUAUGCCAAGGUAGCGAUGGUUCCGUGGACCAAGAGGUGACUCUGGACUACAAGAGCACCAACUAUACCGGAUCCCCUGCCUUGGUGAAUUCGCAGGAUUUGAAUUCUAAGUACCAUGAUUUCCGCUACUUCACCAACGAUACACGACCCGACUGGUAUCUUGAGCAGCUCAUUAUGCUCAAAGGUAACUACGGCAGAGGCACCAUUGGCUAUUCGCCAGAGUAUGUGUCAACGCUUGCCUCCAAGGAUCAGGUCAUUGCCUACAUUGGAAACCGCGUCUAUGACUUGACAACCUAUGUUGCCGGAGGACGUCGUCUUCGCGCCAAACCUGGUGAAACCCCACCGAACGACCCCAAGCUUGCAGACUUUAUGAAUUACAACCUGGUUCAACUGUUCCAAAACCAGGCUGGCUCCGACAUCACCAAAUAUUGGAACUCUCUAGCCAUCAGCCGUGAGGAGAAAGCUCGCAUGCAAACUUGUCUUGACCACCUUUUCUACGUAGGUGACCUUGACACGAGAAACUCUACCCGCUGCAAGUUCGCUGAAUAUUUGGUUCUUGCUGUCUCCUGCCUGCUCGUCUCGGUUAUUGCAUUCAAGUUCUUCGCCGCACUUCAGUUCGGUGGCAAGAAUGUUCCUGAGAACCUCGACAAGUUCGUCAUGUGCCAGAUUCCAGCUUAUACUGAAGACGAAGACUCACUGCGUCGGGCUAUCGAUUCGGCGGCGAGAAUGCGCUAUGAUGACAAGCGUAAACUCUUGUGCAUCAUCUGUGAUGGUAUGAUUAUUGGUCAAGGCAACGAUCGGCCGACACCUCGUAUUGUCUUGGAUAUCCUUGGCGUUUCCGAAACGGUAGAUCCUGAACCCCUCAGCUUUGAAUCUCUCGGCGAGGGUAUGAAGCAACACAACAUGGGCAAGGUGUACUCGGGACUUUACGAAGUACAAGGUCACAUCGUCCCAUUCCUUGUCAUUGUUAAGGUUGGAAAGCCCUCCGAAGUAGCCCGUCCCGGUAACCGUGGCAAGCGAGACUCUCAGAUGAUCCUGAUGCGUUUCUUGAACCGUGUUCACUACAACCUGGCCAUGAGCCCUCUGGAGCUGGAAAUGUACCAUCAGAUCCGCAACAUCAUUGGUGUCAACCCAACGUUUUAUGAAUUUAUGCUUCAAAUUGAUGCCGAUACUGUCGUCGCCCCAGACUCUGCCACUCGCAUGGUUUCGGCAUUCUUGGACGACACUCGCUUAAUUGCAGUUUGCGGCGAGACUGCUUUGACCAACGCCAAGUCGUCCUUCAUCACCAUGAUCCAGGUCUAUGAGUACUACAUCUCUCACAAUCUUUCCAAGGCCUUUGAAAGCUUGUUCGGUUCCGUCACUUGCUUGCCGGGUUGUUUCUCCAUGUAUCGAAUUCGAGCUGCUGAGACAGGAAAGCCACUCUUCGUCAGUCGCGAAGUCGUCGAGUCAUACGCUACCAUUCGCGUGGACACUCUGCAUAUGAAGAACUUGCUCCAUCUUGGUGAAGAUCGUUAUCUUACGACGCUGCUUCUCAAGUACCACUCCAAGUAUAAGACUAAAUAUCUGUUUAGCGCUCAUGCCUGGACAAUUGCCCCGGAUUCCUGGAAGGUCUUCCUGUCUCAGCGACGUCGUUGGAUUAACUCUACGGUGCAUAACCUUAUCGAACUGAUUCCAAUGGCCCAGCUUUGUGGUUUCUGCUGCUUCAGCAUGCGUUUCGUGGUCUUCAUCGAUUUGCUCAGUACUGUUGUCCAGCCGGUCACAAUUGCAUACAUCGCCUACUUGAUUGUUCUUGUCGCUACAAAGGCUAGCGUUGUUCCUAUGACAGCCUUCAUCUUGCUCGGCGCCAUUUAUGGUCUUCAAGCAAUCAUUUUCAUCCUGCGCCGCAAGUGGGAAAUGGUUGGAUGGAUGAUUCUGUACGUCUUGGCCGUCCCGGUCUUCAGCUUUGGUCUGCCGUUGUAUGCCUUCUGGCACAUGGAUGACUUCAACUGGGGCACCACCCGUGUUGUUGCCGGCGAAAAGGGCAAGAAGGUGGUCAUUUCAGACGAAGGCAAAUUCGACCCCGACUCCAUCCCUCGCAAGAAGUGGGAAGAAUACCAGGCCGAGUUAUGGGAGACACAGACUUCUCGCGACGACACUCGCUCCGAGGUGUCCGGCAUCAGCUAUGCAACCAAGGCUCAACCUAUGGUAUCCGAGUACGGAUUCCCCAGCCGACCGGAUUCCACAACUGGAUUUGCAGCUCACCCCAUGCCAAACCUGCCCUAUGACUCUCGCAACAACUCUCGGAUGUCUCUUGCUCACUCAGACAUGGGCCACCAUCGUAUGAGUCAAUUUGGAGGCUCGCAAUUCUUCAACCCAGACGACAUGGUCGGCCUGCCAAGCGAUGAUGCUCUGCUGGCCGAGAUCCGCGAUAUUCUCAAGACAGCAGAUCUAAUGACUGUCACCAAGAAGGGCAUUAAGCAGGAACUGGAGCGUCGUUUCGACGUGCCAUUGGAUGCCAAGAGAGCCUAUAUCAAUAGUGCUACCGAAGCUCUUCUCUCUGGUCAACUCUAA